AUGGCGGCCGCAACAAUGUCUUGGGACGACGGGACGCACAUGAGGGUGAAGAGAGUUCAGGUUACAUAUGAAGAUGUUAUCAAGUCCAUAGAGGCCGAGUAUGACGAUGACCAAAAUCCUAAGCGUCAUGGCACUCCUGGCAAGAAAUCUGACGGCGUGAGCUUGAGCCCUGAUGAGUACAUAACAGAUGUUACUGGCUACUACAAAACUAUGGGGAAUGAAGAUGCUAUAGCAGCGUUGGCUUUUAAAACCAACAAAACCCAAUAUGGUCCUUACGGAAACAAAACCCAGAACCAAUUCUCCAUCCAUGCACCCAAAGAUAACCAGAUCGCUGGUUUUCAAGGAAUUAGCAGCAAUGUUCUCAACUCCAUUGACGUCCACUUUGCUCCCUUACCGUCUUCUUCCCCUUCUGAUUCCUCAUCCCAAUCGUCGGCUUUGAGUCAAGCAAACAAAGUAGAUGCUCAAGGUGGGAAAGGAGGACAAUCAUGGGACGAUGGUGCUCAUGAACAUGUAAGAAGAGUGUACGUUGGACAAGGCGACUCUAGUGUCGCCUAUGUCAAAUUCGAGUACGAGAAGAGCGGUAACAAGGAAACACGUGAACACGGAAAGAAGACCUUGCUCGGAGCAGAAGUGUUUGAGGUUGAUCCAGAUGACUACAUCACAUCAGUCGAGGUACAAUUCGACAGGAUCUUUGGGCAAGACACAGAAGUUAUAACCUGCUUAAUCUUCAAAACAGCUAAGGGAAAAACCUCAUCGCCCUUUGGACUCGAGGGUGCGAAGAAACAUGAACUCAAGGACAAGAAUGGUGGAAAACUUGUAGGAUUCCAUGGACGAGCAGGGGAAGUUCUUCAUGCUCUAGGAGCAUAUUUUGCUCCUUCGUCGAGUACUUCUUCUGGUGGUCGUACUUCUUCGACCACUCAGCCAGCUGGAUCAGCUGCCGGUGCCAAAAAACUAGAGGCAAAAGGUGGUAAUGCGGGAAACCCAUGGGACGAUGGUCCUCAUGAUGGUGUUAAGAAAGUGUACGUAGGUCAAGGCGAAUCAGGGGUCUCGUACGUCAAGUUCAUCUACGAGAAGGACUCUAAGGAGGUCCCCGGAAAUGAUCAUGGAAAAAAGACACUACUUGCACCUGAAGAGUUCGUGCUUGAUCCAAAAGAAUAUAUCACCGCCGUGGAGAUUAACUACGACAACAUAUUUGGAACUGAAUCCGAAAUUAUAACGAUGCUUAGGUUCACGACAAAUAAGCGAACCUCUCCACCUUUUGGACUUGAAGGUGCUAAAAGUGUGCUACUCAAAGAAGACGGCCACAAGAUCGUUGGGUUCCAUGGCAAAGCGGGUGCUGACAUACUUCACCAAGUUGGAGUCCAUGUCAAGCCCAUCUCCAAGUGA